GGGGUGCCCCCUCGAUCCCCGCGACCGUAGUCGCGCAAUGCACCCCGCGAUGUUCGGUCCCGCACUCGGAGGUGCCGCCGGUCGUCGUGCGUUUCGCUUUCAUCGAGCGUUGUCCUGCCCCCCGAUCAUGCGUUCGGCGAUCGGAGGGCGGUGGUGAGUCCCGGUGAGAAUCACCCCAUCGAGGAUCUCGUCCUGGCGACGCGAGACGGCUCCUCCGGCCGGGAGUUUGCGACCAGCGGCAUCGGGGGUUGUGUCGUCGCCAUAUUGCUGAGGCGACGUCUCCCCCGAAGUAUAACGCGAUCCGCGGCGAGUUACGGUGCUGGCAUGUCGGUGGAUGCUACGCGGGUGCGUUGUUUUUCGACAAUGGCCGUCGGUGGUGAGAACGCGCGAUAACCCCGGCAUCGCGGAGGGUCGCUCGCUCUCUCCCGUCGCUGCGUUCGUGACUGCGAGGGUCGUUGAACCAGGGAUGUGAGCUACUGAAGGUGGAAUCCUCAGGAACAGCGAGGUCCUCGCAAUGGAGGCAGGACCGAAGCAGCAACAGCAGCAGCAGCCGUCGCCGCCGCAGCAACAGCAGCAACAGCCUCAGCAGCAGCAGCCGACUCAGCAACAGAACUCGCCCGGCAGCGCGGUCCAACCUCAGGGCCAGGUGAUCACCGGUCCUCAGGCUGCUGUUGGUUCGGCCUCGCAGAAUCAGGGUCAGCAGAAUGCGGAGGAUGCGCUCGCGGCAGAGAACACCCCCGUCGACGAGGGCGUGCUCCUCGCCCGGAUUCACGUGCCCGAGCUCUACGUCAGCAAGUGUCUGCAGUUCCCGAAGGAUCAGCUGGUCUGGGACGUGAAGCAGCAGUGCCUGGCGUCCUUGCCCAAGGAGGUGGCCACUUGGUACAGGGAGCUGAAGGAGAGCUUCAAUUACGGCCUCUUCUGCCCGCCGGUGAAUGGAAAAGCCGGGAAAUUCCUGGACGAGGAACGCCGCCUCGGCGAUUAUCCCUUCAAUGGACCCGUCGGAUACCUGGAGCUCAAAUACAAGAGGCGGGUGUACAAGAUGCUGCAUCUGGAUGAAAAACAGCUCAAGGCUAUGCAUACCAGGACGAAUUUGCGAAGGUUACUGGACUACGUGCAGAGCAGCCAAGUCGAGAAGAUCGCGAAGAUGUGCAGCAAGGGGCUGGAUCCGAAUUUCCACUGUCAGGAAACUGGAGAAACGCCGUUGACCCUGGCGACGACGCUGAAAAAACCAUCAAAGGUCAUAAUCGCGCUGGUGAACGGCGGCGCUCUGCUGGACUAUCGAACGAAGGAGGGUUUGACGGCGAUGCAUCGCGCCGUUGAGCGCAACAGUCUGGAGGCGGUGAAAACGCUCCUGGAGCUCGGUGCCAGUCCGAAUUACAAGGAUACGAAGGGCCUGACGCCGCUCUAUUACAGCGUAAUCUACAAGACCGAUCCGAUGCUCUGCGAGACGUUGCUCCACGAUCACGCGACGAUAGGAGCGCAGGAUCUCCAGGGCUGGCAGGAAGUUCAUCAGGCGUGUCGCAACAAUCUGGUGCAGCAUCUGGACCACCUGCUCUUCUACGGCGCCGACAUGAACGCGCGCAACGCGUCCGGUAACACGCCGCUGCACGUGUGCGCGGUGAAUAACACGGACGCCUCGUGCAUACGUCAGCUACUCUUCAGGGGCGCGCAGAAGGACGCGCUCAACUACGCGAACCAAACGCCGUACCAAGUCGCCGUGAUCGCCGGCAACAUGGAACUCGCCGAAGUCAUCAAGAACUAUCAGCCGGAGGAAGUCGUACCGUUUAAAGGGCCGCCACGCUACAACCCGAAGCGGCGAUCGGUGGCCUUCAGUGGCACCUCCACGAUGAUGAUGACGACGAGCUGCUCGGCGAGUAAUCUGGGCACCCUCACCAGGAUACCGUCCACCGAACAGCACACGGCGUCUAGCGCCGGUAGUGGUACCCUCACCAGAACCAUCUCGGUGGAACAGUACUCGACAAUCACGCGGGUACCGUCCGCCGAGCAGUAUGCCAGCACCACCGCGGCGGCGGCGGCAGCGGUGGCUGCCGCGAAUCUGAACCGAGUACCGUCCACGGAGCAACCGUAUCCGUCUCCCCCGUCGUCCGGCACGCUCGUGCGGGUCGCAUCCGAGGAGAAAUACGCGCCUGCCGGCGCCGUGUUGAGCAGGGCCUCGUCCGGUGAGCGAUAUGACGCCACCUUGACUAGAGUACCGUCCACGGAGCAGUAUCCCUCCACCGGUGGUAGUGUCACGAUCAUCGGUCAGUCGACCGAGCCGGGCCACCACGGGACCCUUGGCAGAGUACCGUCCGUAGAGUCGAGCAGAAACGACUUACCGUCGAGAAUACCGUCCGAACAGAACGGCCACCGACUGACGUCGGAGUACCAGAGCCUGAAUUCCCUGAGAGAUCUUAACGCGAGAUUGCCGAGCGCCACGGAGAAUUAUACAAACUUGAGAUUGGAGGGCCUGACGAGGCUGCAAGAGCACCGGCUCGAGCUGCAGCACCGCCUAGAUAUGCACAGAACGCAGAUGGAGAUGCCGCCGUCGCCGUCGCCGAGCAGCAGGAGUUUAGCGCCUUUCAGCUCGGCCAGCUCGAGCUUGUCCGAAGGCAGCAAUCAACCGUCCGGCGAGGACUCGGCCAGCAUCGUCACAGACAAGAGCCUUGGCGACACAGCGUCCGACGUGAUCAGCGACAGUUCCGGGGUGGGAACCUCACAGUCGGACACGACUAAUUCAUUAUCCAUUCCCGGCACGACGGUGGUCUGCGUGGAGAGCUACAGCAGCGGGAUCACCGGCCAUCUGACUAUCAAUCAAGGAGACAUACUUGAAGGUAACGCCCAGAAAUAUUAUUCUGAUAGCAAGCGUGUUUUUGUUUCUUUAUUUUUAACAGUCACCGGUGCUACCGAUUGCGGCCUCCUGGAAGGGAUCCUGCGCGGACAGGGUACCGGUUUAUUUCCCGCACAUUGCGUUCAGGAGGUCAGACUGCGUCACACAAACAUACCAUUAGGUCCACCACAGCCCGCCAGAGACGGACGGAACAGAGUUCUCGGCCGCAGAGAAUCGCAACACAAGUAUUUCGCUACCGCGCCCAGAUUAAAGAAACCCGUAACAUCGGAGCCGCGAACCGUGGUCCUUCAUCGUUCGAGAAAAGGGUUCGGUUUCGUACUGCGCGGCGCCAAGGCCACCUCACCACUGAUGGAAUUGACACCAUCCGCCAGGUAUCCGGCGCUACAAUACUUGGAUGACGUCGAUCAAGGAGGUGUGGCUGAUCUAGCGGGUCUCAGGAAAGGAGAUUUCCUCAUUCAAAUUAACGGCGAGGACGUGACAACGGCCUCCCAUGAACACGUGGUCGAUCUAAUUAGGAAAUCGGGAGAGCUGGUGCGAAUGACCGUGGUCUCGCCAGUGAUUAGUCUUCCGAAUUCUCAGUCGGCGGCCGCGUUACCAACUAGUCAACCCAUUCAGAGACAGUAUGCAACCUUGCCGCGCAAGGGUAACAACAAUGUGGCGAUCGGUGGUACGCUUGGCAGGUCUCCAGCUCCGAUGCCACCGCGAAGGGAUCCGAAGACCACGCUAAGCGUCGGUCGGGCGAGGGCGCGAUCGAUGGUCGCGGGAUUAGAGGGAGGCGGCGAGAAAGACGAUCGUGACGAAAUCGCGUCGACCGGUGCAAAGUCCAGCAGCGCGGAAUCGAUCCACAUGCCGCAGCAACCGUCAACCGGAUCGAACACCGGUCAGAACACACCGGUACAACCGAGAACGGCCAGUAUUCGAUCUCGCCCAACUUCGAGCAGAAUCACCGCCGCGGAACUUGAAGAACUAUUUCAGCGACAGCAGGGUAGCGCCGGCGGUCAGUACAGCUCGUCCAUGAUGAGCUCGUCUCACUUUCAGACUACUGGUCAGUCCAUCAAGUCACAUCCGUCGUCCCCGGCCAAGACCGGCAGGGUAUACGCGAGCGUAGCAGAGAUGAAACGCAAGGGCAAAUCGCAGUCGAGAGUACGCUUCUUCGGUGGCUUAGGCGGCGGUUCCGAUCUCCACAGGGACUUCCACAGUACGCCGGAUCUCAACGUGCAAGCUCAGUCGUCGUCCCUUCUGGCACCUAAAUGUCAUAGAAGCCAGGAAGACGUAAACGCUCUGAAUGGUAGAAACGGGCUUCCACCGCCGAAUCAUCCGCCGCCACCUCCGCCGGUCGGACAAGUCGUCAAAGUGAAUAUCGGCGCUAACGUGCCGGACGUCGUUUCGCCAGCUUCGGUCUACGACAACAUGGCACAUAUCCAGCAAGUCAAAGCAGAACUCGCGGCGGCUGCGGCGGAAGGCGGUUAUGGAGUGAUGUCGAGCUUCCGGCCGUCGAAUAGCGCGAAACUGUACGCCUCGCCGGAAGACAUGAAGACUGUCGGCUACCGUUCGCGAAGUCUACCGGCGCACACCAACCGCUCGCACCUCAGGAAGUCUCACAGUCUCCGCAACACGUCAAACAGCGCGACGUUCAAGUCGACCGGCAGCCAACAAGCACUGAACAGCAACGUCAGCAACAUGAACAGCAACGGAAACGGCAACAAUUCGACCAACAAUCAGUACGCACAGCCGUUGAAGACCAACAGGAGUCACAGCACGGCUGGUAUUCGCGAGCGGAAGAAAAAGACUGUUGUAACCACUAGCUCGUCCGUCACGAAUUUGUCGUCGAUCGCGUCUGGCGCGAACGGUACGCCCACGGUGCCUUCUUCGGCACCACCGAUUCCCGAGCCAGAUUACAGUCUGUCGGAAUCAGAAAAUGACGAGGGCGAAGACGAGACGGACGAAGACGGCGAAUCGGAGAUCGCGAAGGAGCUGGAGAAGGCAGCGGCGCGGGAGAAGCUGGAGGCGACGCGAGAGACAUCCGGCAACUCCAACACGUCUGGCUCGAGUUCAUCCGGCAGCGGUUCGCUGCCGCAUUCGUUUAGCGUCGAGGAGAUACAGAAGGUGCGCACACAGCUCAAGUCCUCCAAGAGCCACCCGAACGACUUCCUGUUGCAGCAGACGCAGCAGUCGCUCGCCGAGGAUGGUGACAACAGCUCGAGCGGCGUCAGCUCGGACCAGGACGUGCCGGUCGGACCGCCGAUGGGCUUCGAUGACACCGCCGUGCGGAAUCUAGCCAAUCAGGAGAACAACCAACAUGCGACGACGGGCACUCUACUGACCAGCGUCAAUCCGGUUGAGAAGGAGAGCAACCAGACUAAACGGUCGUGUUACGGCGGUAGCGGACUACUGACGAGGCACGCGGUCAGCUUGGCGCAGCUGCCGCCACCGAUUGAAGCUGAUGCAGAGGAACAGAGCAACGAUCUGUUCGUGCCGCCGCCGCCAGAAUUCAACGCCGGUCCGUCCGCUGGCAACCAGGACCAAGAAGUGGUGGUGUUCGCGCCUCCACCGCAGUUCUGCGACAACAAGCAGCAGCAGCAGAACGCUUCGCAGAAUCGUGUCAAGAUAAUCGGCGCGAUACCGAAAGUUGCCGGGAAUCAGGUGAAGGCGACGGGCGGACGGUUGCCAUAAAAGAAGCGACCGUGCGAUGAUGACGGAAGAGAUUUUGUAACCACGUAAACAAGUAGAUCGCGAUUUCAGAGUCAAUAUAUUUAGAGGCUUUCCGCCGCCUUUUCGGUAGUGAUCGCCGCAUGACGAGCGUAUUAAGUAUGAACUAUGUAUUGAUGGAUAAAAAAAACCGGUCGAUCCAGUGAGAGAAAAAGGAUCGACGAUCCGCGCGGGCGUACUGUCGUAUAUAAAAGCGCGGUCGCUCGGACGACUUUUCUGCCAAGAAUAGAUCGUAUUCUAAUCGAGCGUCUAGCAGUCGUAGCGAGUAACCGAGGACAUAUUCGAGCGCGUUUUUAUCAAGUAAGUCUACGAGUGUGAGCGUACGUCCGAUUGCACCGCAAUAGAGGGUUGGUUUGUCGCACAUCGAGCGCACGAUCGAUUAUAGUCGUCCACCCACCACCCCGAGUCCGUGAGUGAGCCGACAGAUCCGCAAGCCGAUUCGCUGCGUCGCAGAGAGAGAGAGAAAGAGAGAGCAGCGGCCUAAGGGCAAGAAAGAGCAAGUAUUCACACGUCGACGAAAGAAGUAGCAAACAAGAGAGAGAGGAAAAAGAAAAAGAAAAUGCAUUAGAUGCGUGUACGCGUGUGCGUGAACCGUGGCGCGUGAAUGUGCGAUGCAUAUCGGUUUGUUUUUCACGUUUCUAUCGAACUGCGAGGUGUGUUUAAUACUUUUUACACGACACGACACUCUAUGUACCCGUACGAACGCCAUCGCGAACAUAGAAAAUAACGGAAUCGUCGAGGCAAUUUUGCAAGUCGCUUUCAAAGCCGAUGUUCAUAAACAAAUCGAGUAAUAUCUUACAGUUAUAUAACUCUCUUUAAUGGAAGUUAAUUUUCGUCCAAAUGGAAUGCACAUUGAUGAAAAGUCAGAGAUUCAUCAAACUGUUAUUGUUUGUCUACUAUGGAUAUCGGCAUAAAUCAAUUUUAAGCAUUGCGGCAGUCUCGCUCACUCUCGAUCCCCUUCACCGGUGAAGCAUCCUAUGACCGAUGACUUCGAUAACGAAAAAUCACGGAUUAAUUUGUUAAUCGGACACGCAGUUUUUUUUAUUCUUUUGUUUUCUCUCUCGUGUCUAGACACUGCUCAAACGCCUGAUCACAAAGCUCUACUCGCGAAGUCAUUAGAGAUUCUUUCUAGUUUGUAAUUGCAAAUAUUAUUAUUAAUAUUAGUAUUAUUAUUUUAUUAUUAUUAUUAUUAUUAUUAUUAUAUUAAUAGCAUCGUUAAUAUGAUUACACGGCGACUACGACGCUCCGCUAACCGGAGUCCCUCGGCAAAGCGUAGUCACAAAGAUGUGCAGCACUUAUACUUCGUUAUGAUGCACCGCCACUGCUCCAGCCUGUGUAAAGUAAAUCGUACUCCUUCCACUCGCGUGAAAAGUUCCCUUGAGCCGGGAGACACUGUGCUUUUUGUAUCCGCGCGCUCUUGCCGAGACAAGCUUGAGGAUCGAGAGAUCGCAAUCUUUUCUUAUUCUGGAAAAAAAGAAAUUUUGUCGACGAUCGAAUCGCGUUCCUCCGGCGCGCAAGUCCGCGACGCCAAAUUCCGUUUGCGGAUUUUCAUCCCGAAACCACUGUCACACCAAUGUACAUACGCGUUACGUCAACUCGAACACAAUAUCGCCAUGCAUCAAAGAUGCACCCGUGACCCGCGCGCGUCUGGAUGCAACGAAGGAUCUCGCGGCUCUCGGCGACGCAUCGUGCUACAUAUUGUACAUAUAUUAUAUUGAGUAACGUUGCAAGUGUAUCCUCGAGUAUAUCUCUAUAAUUACGAUCGUCAUCUCAUCAUUACGUUUCGCACUCGCUAUGGUAGUCCUAUAAGAGCGAUCGAACCCUCCCGAUCGUCCCUUUCACGUCUUCACGAAUCACAAGACAGAAACACAAGAAGCGCAUCUGGUGCGAGCGUGCGUGAGUCGCCGCGUGGUUUUGCAAUCGUCAGUGAAACCGAGUCAAUCAUACGUUCUUGAAUGUUCCUCCGAUACGUUUCAUCGUCGCUUCAUUUCUCCACACAAGCACUAGCGAGAUCUGAUACAGCGUAAAUAUCGAGAGAAUAAUUGUUCCUUAAAUUGACAAGUGUUUGAUUGCCAAGAUACUCGGGUCUCUGAGUACUUAUUUAAUAAAUUAACAAAUUAAACAGAGAGUUGAAGAGAAUUAUAUAAGAAUAUGUAUGUGACGUAUUUAUACAAUGGUAUUAUUGCUAUUGCUUGUACAUAAUAAUUUCAAAUUAAUCAUUUACAAUAAUUUGCAACUUCUAUGUAAAAAUUACUAUAUCCAUGUCAUUUAAUGAACACCCAACGUUCGCUCGAUAUUUACGUUGUUAUUCAUGGGAUCCCGUUAUCGCUCAUGGGGAUUAGCUUUCGUAAGCUCCCGCAGGUCAGUGAAAAGCAAUACACACGUGUGCAUCACGACGGCUCGUACAGUAGUACAGCAAACAGAAAGAGAGAAAGAGUGAUCGGUCGAGAGGCGAGGCUUUAUUUUUCUUUGCCGUGCACGUGGCGUGCGUCCGACGCACAGCACGCGCAUCACUUCGGCUGUGCAUGCACGUAUUUGUGCACCGGAUACGCGCAAGACGCGAUACACGGCCGAGAUAUUAUAUAAUUACGACAUUCCUGCCAAAAGUAAUAUUAGUAGUCUUAUAUAAUAUAUCAAAAUUUACGAGGGAAGGAAGAGAAAAAAAGAGAGUUAACGUUGCGUACACGACACAUACGUACACAUACACAUAAAGCGAACAUACUUUGUAAUCUAGUUGUUCCCUCCAGUCCCCGUCCCCAUCCGCGUAUCCACGUUUCUCCUUCGCGUCCUCCUACACGAUCAAUCGAUCGAGGGACCGGUGAUCUUGGAAUCGAUCGCGAUCCAAGAACGAGCGUCCCGAGGUUCUGACGAACGAUUCGGAGAUCGCCGUUUUGCGCGCACUACGCGGAUCUAAAACUUUCUUGUUAAACCACUAAAGUAUUUAUAUAUGUAUAGAAUGUAUGUACAUAUACAGGCUGUUCCCCGCAUGCAACGUUGGAUUAAUUGGCCGCGGAAAAUUUUCAUCCGGAAAAAGAGGCGCGACCCUCGGCGCGUGGAAACAUCUGUUAAAAUUGCCGGUUCGCGCGUGACUUGGACAGUUCCGCCAGAUUAAUUGAUAUCUCGCUGGAAAUCCUCUCGAGAUAACUCCCGUUACCAAUUAAUCCGCGUCUCGCCGGGAAUGUGGCGUGUAUACGGAGUGUAUCUCGAAGAAGACGUUAGUAACAGGAAAUUCUGUGAUUUUUCUUGGCCUCGGUAUUCGAUUAUCCACGCAAGUUACUUUACAACGUUACGUUUUGUGAGGUAUCUGAACGGAUUGGGAAAACCGAAAUUUACAUCGCUUUUGUACCUCUCCUGACUCGCUUUAGACAUUUGUUAUCCCGUUAACGUUUUUGCAAAGGAAAGAUCGGACUUUGCGCAGAAGAUUAAAAUAUUACUCGUACUUGUGCAUUUCUUGAAACACUUUGUAUAUCACGUUCUGAUGUGAAACGGCGAGUGCCAAGAAGAGCCGUCGAAGAAGCCGUGACUCGAUAAGCCUGCGAUUGACUGAAUUUUGCAACACUCCUUUAUUAUCUUCCAGCACCUACGUUUAAUCUUUCCCCUUGCUCAUCCCUUUCAUCCUCAUCUUCUCGUCAUUCUUCAUAUUUUAGUUAUCACUAUCAUUAAUAUUAUUAUCAGGCAAUUACUAUUAGUAUUUUGUAUUAUAGGUAUUGUAUUGUAAAUUGCAAAGUACGUGCAAUGUUUCGACGAUGAAUAAAUAAUCGAUCAUGUUCAAUUAAA